AUAAAACAGACAAAAAAUAUGAUGCGCAAAAUCUUAAGUGGGUAGCAAACAAAUGCUUAGAAUGUCGCAACUCCUGAACUAGAUUCCACAAUCCACACGCAAGCACUUCUCGUGUCAAAGAACCGCUCGGUAUUUCCUGAGACGAGCGAAUUUAAUUGAAAGGAUGAAUGAUUCAACAGGAAAAGAUAAUGACUUAACACUGGAUUAAGAGAGAGAUUUGAAUUAUGACCCAAUUUUCAUUUUCAUUGCGAAAUAAUAAACUUGUAUUGGUUUGAUUACUACGCCGCACAGCCAGUUAAGAUAGAUAUUGAUUCAUAUAAAAACGGUAUAAUUUUUGGUUCUCACCUCAUUCUGCUGUCCAUUUAUUCGGAGUAAAACUUGAAGAUUGAUUCGAAAAUGAAGUUGAUACUAGUUGUGCUGUGUUGCAUUUUGCAAUCAAUAGCCGGGAAAUACAUUGGCUCCGACCAAAUUUUGUUCCCACCGCAACCGUCAUCAACCAGAAUUGUUGGAGGCGUCGAUGCUGAGGAUGGUGCAGCUCCGUUCCAAUGCUCGUUGCAGUCGAACAAAAGACACAGCUGUGGAUGUGCUAUUAUUUCGGAAGAAUGGAUUGUCACCGCCGCCCAUUGUGUUGCUGGCCGAACACCAACAAAUCUGGAAAUCUACGUUGGAUCGAACGACUUGAAGAGUGGUGGAACUUACUACAAAGCUGACAAAAUCAUUGCUCACAAGCAAUACAACAAGCCCAAUUUUGCUAAUGACAUCGCCGUGAUUCGUGUGCAAGGAUCAAUUACAUUCAGUGAUAGAAUCCAAGCAAUCGAAUAUUCAUCCGAAGAAGUACCCGAUGGUGCUGUUCUCCAACUAACUGGAUGGGGUUCAUUGCAAGUCGGAGGUGCAACGCCACAACUCUUGCAAAUCAUUAAAUUGAAUGCAGUCCAAACCAAAAGAUGCAGAGCAAUCCAUGGUCCAAGUGCACCCGUCCAUAACUCCCACAUUUGUACAUUAACCAAAGCUGGAGAAGGCGCUUGCCACGGUGACUCCGGUGGUCCACUGGUUUACAACAACAAAUUGGUUGGACUCGUUAACUGGGGAACUCCAUGUGCCAGAGGCAAGCCAGAUGCCUAUGCGAAGGUUGCCUUCCUAUUUGAUUGGAUUAAGAAUAAUACUACGUUUGAAGAGACUCUUCAGAUGGUUCGUAUAAAUACGGCUCAGUUUCACAGUAGAACCAUCAGUUUCUUAGUUGUUCAUAAACUAACAAGUGAAUUAAAAGCUACAAUUGCGAAAAUGAAGUUGACAUUAGUUGUGCUGUGUUGCAUUUUGCAGACAAUAGCCGGGAAAUAUAUUGGCUCCGACCAAAUUUUGUUCCCACCGCAAUCGCCAUCAAACAGAAUUGUUGGAGGCGUCGAUGCUGAGGAUGGUGCAGCUCCGUUCCAAUGUUCGUUGCAAGUGAGCAAAAGUCAUAUUUGUGGAUGUGCUAUCAUUUCGAAAGAAUGGGUUGUCACCGCCGCCCAUUGUGUUGCUGGUCAAUCUGCAAAAAAUCUGGAAAUCUACGUUGGAUCAAAUGACUUGAAGAGUGGCGGAACUUCCUACAAAAUUGAGAAAUUCAUAGCUCACGAGCAAUACAACAAGCCCUCCUUUGCUAAUGACAUCGCCGUGAUUCGUGUGAAGGGAUCAAUCGCAUUGAACGAUAAAGUCAAAACAAUCGAAUACUCUUCGGAAGAAGUACCCGAUGAUGCCGUUCUCCAACUAACUGGAUGGGGCCGAUUGCAAGCUGGCGGUGCGUUACCACAACUCUUGCAAAUCAUUAAAUUGAAUGCAGUCCAAACCGAAAGAUGUAAAGAAAUCUAUGGUUCAAGUGCACCCGUCCAUGACUCCCACAUCUGUACAUUGACCAAAGUUGGUGGAGGCGCUUGCAACGGUGACUCCGGUGGUCCACUGGUUUACAACAACAAAUUGGUUGGACUCGUCAACUGGGGAGUUCCAUGUGCCAGAGGCCAACCCGAUGCCUACGCGAAGGUCGCCUUCCUGUUUGAUUGGAUUAAGAAUAAUACUGCGUCAAAUUGAAAUCCCUUAAAUCAAUUCUGCUCUCCUUGUAAUCACUGAAAUGAACUAAAGUAAUGAAUUUAAUGUAAUAAA